AUGAAAUUGAAGAUUUACUUUAUAAAGUGUAUGGAAACAACAAAUCGUAAAGUUUUUACUUUAAUUUUGCAGUGCCUACUUUUAGUAUACUCAUUGUUAAUAUGCAUCAAAGUCAAAGCAUUUACAAUUGCAGAUGGAUUAUAUGAUGCUAAAGGUCUAAGUUUUAUGAAGCUGAUUGACGAAUUAGUUGAGCGUUCAUUCAGAGGAAAAUAA